GUGUGUGUGUGUGUGUGUGUGUGUGUGUGUGUAGUUGACUUUCACUCCCAUUCAUCCUCCUUGUGUCUCCCCACGCCACCUCCAGGGGUUCAUCUGUGCACAUCUAAGUCUCCACCCACGACCCUUCAUUUAAGGGCCAGGUGCCAAAGCCCAGAACUAAUCGAUUAACCGGGGCCAAGGGAGAGGGUUCUGCCUCGGGUAUGGUGCCGAUGGGAUAUUUGUGCCUCCCUCCUUGCUCUGGUUCAGAGUGGCCUUAAAAGCAGUUAAAAGAAAAAAGGGGGGCCCUUUGCUGGUACCCCAUUUCUGUGUGGCAGAGAGGAGGAUACAGUUCUCAUUCUCAGCCUCUCCAAGCCCUAUGGGCACCACAUUGUCCUUGGGGCUUUGGGGUUGACAAAAAAAGAAAGUUCCAGUUCUAAUCUGGGUACAACUGCCUAUCCCUGCAUGUCUGUCACAGGACACCCCACUCCCCCGCUCCUCCCCCACCGCCAGUCUCCCUUUUCUGCAAGGCAGGGUUGGGAAAGACAAAGCUGUCUCCCAAGGCCCUGUGCACCUUGCUUCUAGUCUUUGGUGGUUUAACAUGCCUAGCAGCCUCUCCCUCUUUGAGGUGGGGACUUUGUCUGAGCUCCUGGGGAGGCUCUUCGUGUAUAUGAGACACUGAGAGUCCCAGGAUGUAUGAACCCCAGCUGGGGAGACCCACUCUGGCUGGUAGGCCUGGACAUCAAGUAUUACAUCGUGGGAACCUCUCCUCACCGAGGCCACAGGACCAGCCAGCCCAUUCCCCUCCACUUCAGCCGUGGCCACAUACCCCAUGGGGCCCUCCCUGAGACUGAUGGAGGGCUAUGGACCCCGUGCUGAAGGCCAUCAAGGAAGGAGAUGAAGAAGCCUUGAAGGCCAUGAUCCAGGAUGGGAAAAAUCUUGCAGAGCCCAACAAGGAGGGCUGGCUGCCGCUUCACGAGGCUGCCUACUAUGGCAAGCUGGGCUGCCUGAAAGUCCUGCAGCGAGCUUACCCAGGGACCAUUGACCAGCGCACACUGCAGGAAGAGACAGCACUAUACCUGGCUACGUGCAGAGAACACCUGGACUGCCUCCUGUCCCUGCUCCAGGCGGGGGCAGAGCCUGACAUCUCUAACAAAUCCAGGGAGACCCCACUUUACAAAGCCUGUGAGCGCAAGAACGCGGAGGCCGUGAGGAUAUUGGUGCAAUACAACGCAGACGCCAACCACCGCUGCAACAGGGGCUGGACGGCCCUGCAUGAGUCUGUCUCACGCAAUGACCUGGAGGUCAUGGAGAUCCUAGUGAGCGGCGGGGCCAAGGUGGAAGCCAAGAACGUCUACAGCAUCACCCCCUUGUUUGUGGCUGCCCAGAGCGGGCAGCUGGAGGCCCUGAGGUUCCUGGCCAAGCAUGGCGCAGACAUCAACACGCAGGCCAGCGACAGCGCGUCCGCCCUCUACGAGGCCUGCAAGAACGAGCAUGAAGACGUGGUGGAGUUUCUUCUCUCGCAGGGCGCCGACGCUAACAAAGCCAACAAGGACGGCUUGCUUCCACUGCACGUUGCCUCCAAGAAGGGCAACUAUAGAAUAGUGCAGAUGCUGUUGCCUGUGACCAGCCGCACGCGCGUGCGCCGUAGCGGCAUCAGUCCGCUGCACCUGGCGGCCGAGCGCAACCACGACGCGGUGCUGGAGGCGCUGCUGGCCGCGCGCUUCGACGUGAACACGCCUCUGGCUCCCGAGCGCGCGCGCCUCUACGAAGACCGCCGCACUUCAGCGCUCUACUUCGCCGUGGUCAACAACAAUGUGUACGCCACCGAGUUGUUGCUGCUGGCGGGCGCCGACCCCAACCGCGACGUCAUCAGCCCCCUGCUCGUGGCCAUCCGACACGGCUGCCUGCGCACCAUGCAGCUGCUGUUGGACCACGGUGCAAACAUCGACGCCUACAUCGCCACUCACCCCACCGCCUUCCCGGCCACCAUCAUGUUUGCCAUGAAGUGCCUUUCGUUACUCAAGUUCCUCAUGGACCUCGGUUGCGAUGGCGAGCCCUGCUUUUCCUGCCUGUAUGGCAACGGGCCACACCCACCCGCCCCGCGAUCCGGCCGCUUCAACGACGCGCCCGUGGACGACAAGGCACCCAGCGUGGUGCAGUUCUGUGAGUUCCUGUCGGCCCCGGAAGUGAGCCGCUGGGCGGGACCCAUCAUCGAUGUCCUUCUGGACUAUGUCGGCAACGUGCAGCUGUGCUCCCGGCUGAAGGAGCACAUCGACAGCUUUGAGGACUGGGCUGUCAUCAAGGAGAAGGCAGAACCUCCAAGACCUCUGGCUCACCUCUGCCGGCUGCGGGUUCGGAAGGCCAUAGGGAAAUACCGGAUAAAACUCCUGGACACACUGCCCCUCCCGGGCAGGCUAAUCAGAUACCUGAAAUAUGAGAAUACGCAGUAGCCAGCCUGGAGAGAAGGUGUGGCCUUCAGACUGUUUCCGCGACACCCCAUGCGGCCUGCCUCCAGGCCCCGCUGGGGUCAGAACAAGUGUGGUCCUGCUGGGUCUCUACUAGAGCUUCGCUGGAAGUGAGAGCCGAUGUGUGGAGUGGAGAUGGCGCCUCAGCUUUCAAACUGUUCCGUGGAUGGCAGACCUGCUCUCCUGGCCGUAGCCAGGGACCUUCAACCUGGGGUCAGGGAAGAGCUGCUCUGGGCAAGGUGGCCCAGGCAGGAAUCACGCUGGAGGAAUCAGGUGGCCUCACGCUGGAGAACUUCUAGGAAUGAGUUCACCUAGGGAUCCUCACUGGACUCUGAGCUUUCAGGCUGGGAGGGGGAGCCCCAGCCUGAGUACGUCAUUGAGUACAAUAAACAUUGUAUACGGAA